CAGAGCCGCCUCGACUACUCUGUCCUUAUACAUCUGUGGUCCAAUACCUAAUGGUUUGAACAAAAAUAAAAAUAAAGAACCUGUAUGGUAGAACCACUGCCGACUGGUUUCCGAGCAUUCAGUAGACGAGCAAAGUGCGCUGGAGCUCCUGGUUGCGGUCGCGGAGUUAUCUCUUGAUCAGCCCGGGUCGGUAACCAAAGUUGGUUCGUGUGUUGCUUGUCAUCUUUGUGAAGUGAGAUAUUUAGGCGCAGACAAUAGUUUAACGAUAAACGGAAAUCCGAUAAUUGAUUGAACUACAUCGUACAGUAUAAUAAAAGGCGAAUAACUUUGUUUUCAUCUAUAUUUAGUUGAGCAGAAUGCCACAACAACGGAUGACAGGAUCCGUCGGACCGCAUAUCCUCCCAUCGUCAGAGGAUAUGGCAAUCCUUGAUGAUCCUUGUGCGAUGACCAACGGGCCACGGUUAAGGCCGUCAUCAUCAACAGGUUCGGACACCUCGUUUGUUGGACGCGACUCCUCGGUAUCGUCGCCGGCAAGUUUUCAGGUUGAGCAGACAUCGUCUGAGGAUGAAACAGACGGUGACAGCGACAGUGAAAAUCACGAGCCGAGUGACAACACGCAGGAUUCAUGCCUCGUAAAGGGUAUAAAUAAGCUUAACCUCGAUGAUUCGAGUUCUUCGAGGGCGAAUGCGAAGAAGAAUUCAACGAGCGAUACAGAUUCUGAUGAUGAUGAUGAUGAUGAUGAUGAUGAAUACGUGUCGCGAGGUCCGAUCAUUUCUUCUGCUCGAGCGCAGAAGAAUCGCUCAGCACCAUAUCCGAACAACCGUGGAACGAACGAAGAAAUCGGCGAAGAUGAGCAUAAAACCUUCGAGUACAUGUUACAGGGACCGGAUUCAACGGAUGUAAUGGCAGUACGUGAUAAAACGAUCCUCAACGAAAAUUUUGGAAAUGACUACAGUUUAACUCCAGGCAACUGGCCGACCAACAUGCCUGAACUCUCAAAUAUGUGCCUAGAGCAAUUAAGUUCAGGGACCUUCUCGACUACGCGUUAUCAGACGUAUAUGGGGGAGCCGUUUCCUGCAUCACCAUCGACAUCGCAUAUAUCCAACACUUCGAAUCGUAGUCCAGGUUAUCGAAUUUUUGUUCCUAGUCCAGAAGGAAAUGCUAGCGACUGGAACCCGGACGACAACUUCCAACCGUUCUACGAUCAGCCAAUAAACAGCGUGUUGACUAACAGCAGCGAUGAAUAUCUUCCGAUUUGUAAUAGCGUAUCUCCAACAAUGAAGGACAAUUCACAGGUUUUCGAUAGCUCCCUAAGCCUUAACGGCCAAUCAGACCUAGAUGAUAUUUUCAAUUUGUUACAAGAAGUUAAGGAUUCACAACAAGGUGACAUCUCUUCCGAACCUAAGGUGUUAAACACUGACCAUUCCAAUAACAUAAACGAAUAUGAAACUUACGAGCUGGUAUUCAACAAUACGUUAUCCCAGAACUUUUCGAAACCUGUUGAAACAUGCAAUGACAUGACCGACAUGAACGGGUCUUUUCCAUCCCCGCCUCAGGCAACUCUGGAACACACCAGCAUCAAAACUGCCAGUGGUGUAACAGUAACAUACCGGCCAAAUUUCAUAGAUCAAAAAGUACAACAAAAUUGUGAUAUUAACAAUAUUUACAAUUCGACGACGAAACCCCUGAUGACGAAAGGUCUACCAACUAACAUAUCAUUGAGCCAACCAUCGCCGAUGUCUGAGCACAUGUUUCCAACCCCAACGGAACCCGUAAGGACUCGAGCCAAACCGGCCACAAGGAAACAGUCGGGCUGGGUGAGUUGGUUAACAUUAGGAAAAGAACCGGGAGUCAACGAUCUGAUGAAAAAUGUAACACAGAGGGCAGCAUGGGAGGCCUUAAUGAAGAUGAUGGAUUGGAAAGAAAGCUGCGAUGCCAUGGGCAACUCUUCCCUAAUGACUUUAAUACACAACCUGAAGCCACAUUCGAAAGCCCAAGUUGUAGCUUUGGUUAGAAAAAUGAAGACUAAACCCGAAACGUUCAGCCAUAAGAACAAUUUCGGACAUGACGCUCUGUACGUCGCGGCAAUUUUGCAUCCCGAGUUACCCGAACUGACUCGGUUCAUAGCAGAGGCCUGGACUAGGGAGAUUGCCAAAUCGAAAACACCAGUCAACAUCCAGCCUACUAGAUAUAACAUCCGUGAAUCGAACGACACGCUAUUGCAUUUGGUGGCGGCUGAAGGAGAUAGCCACGCAAACAUUCUCAGAGAACUUUUGUCGGUCGAGUCCAAUAUGUUCGAUGUGUUGGCAAUAAACGACAAAGGGCAGACACCUCUUGAUGUCGCUCUAGAAUGUCACAGCGAGAAGAAAUCUACCGAAGAGAUAUAUCGAUUGCUAUCUAACCACUCUUCCCAUUGUGAUAUUUCGGAUAUCUCGUUGGAUUUCGAGGGAGGCGAGCUCUCUGAGGAAAUUUUCACCAAGUAUCUCAACUAG